AUGAAGAGCAAACUCAAAGAGCCUACGAAAAGUACAAAUACGAAUUUAGCCGACCCUAACACAAAUGAAAUUGCAGUUUCAAGCUCGUCCAGUUUGACUGUCCAUCAAAACACAAAAUCUGUAACCCAUCCAAACUCGAAAAUAACUGUUUUGCAAGAUAUAUCUUUAGCACCAAAUGAAAAAGUGUCUCUUGAAGAUAUUUUUUUUGGACAAAAACCUGUUCAACUAAGAGAAAUUACUUUAAAAGCUUUAAAAAAUGAAACAAAUAGAAAAAUUAAAUGCGAAAUCAAACAAACAAAACCAAGACAGAAGAAACAGAACAAACAAAUUGAAGAUAACUUGUCUACCGAUAGUGAAUUUAGUCUUCAUGAUUCAGAUACAGAUGUUGACGACUUCAAAACGUAUAUUGUAAUGUACUUAAAAGAUAAAGUUUCAGAGGAAGAAAUAGAAAAUAUGUCAUUUGGAUUUACCGACAUCCAGUAUUAUGAAGAAAAAUCCCACAAAUUUACAGAACAGGACUGGGUACUGGUUAAAUUUUCGGCAAAAAAAGCCUGA